GGCCGGGUGAACUUUACUUUACUCCCAACGAUCUAAAGAUGCUUGGAAGUAACUUUAUGUAUGUAAUGUAGAUGGUUCUUCAUGGUCAAAUUUGGGCGCCAGGUACUAAUUGUACCCUAUACUUGAAGCCAUGACUGAGUUUGGGUCCUCACAGCGAUGGUCCAUGGUCCUGGACGCCCCUUUAAAACCCCCAGUGCCUUUAAAGAUCCCUUCUUCAGCUGGCCAUCUCCUGUCUCACCUCCCUACCUUAUACUUCACCUCGAUUGACGCUCCCACCAAGAUACCAAGAUACCACGAACCCGAACCCGAAGCAAGAAGCAGAAACACCAUUGUCAACCAGAACCCCGAACAAAACAUUCUACAAAAUGGGCUUCAUUCUUUACGUGAUCGAAAUCUUCGACAUUGCGCACAUGGACCUUUACAACCAAGUUGCCACCAUUUUCCCCUUCUGGAUCGCCCUCCCCUUGUCGACGUAUCUCUUCCUCCUGUUGAUCGUUUUCAUGUGGAAUUUCAACGACAUCUGCAUCAAUGCCGCCUCUCGAAAAAUCUCAGGCUGGCUGCGCAAGAGGAGGGCGAAUGGAACACGUCAAACUGUUGGGCAGGACCUCGAGAAGGGCCUAUGCGCCGGGGGAGGACCAGAGAGCACGUCACGCUUGCAGCCCCAUACUGUGAAGGACGGGAUACGAGAGAAGGUCGGCGCAUAAGCUGUCCAAUAUCGAGGAGCGGGAGCCCAUGAGAGCGGGGUGGACAUUGAGAAGAAUGGGCUUUCCAGACAAAUGUUAAUUCAAGCACCUGAAUCGAAAGCAUUGAGUCUUGGUUGUUAGAAUCCUAGCACUUUCUUUCUUUUUUUCUUCUUUUUUUUUUCUUCUUUUUUUUUCUUCUUGUUUAAAAAACCCCCAUCUCGAUACGUAGUCUUGGUGCAAGUUGGCUCCCUCUCGGAUCAGCAUGGAAUACCUGCAGCCAGGAGACGCCCUCCAGGCUCCAGGCGAGGCUCUCGACUCAUGUUGAAGGUGGCGUUUGCUGCGCAAGUCACACAUCAAGCCAUGAGUUGAAAAAUG